CGCACUGAUCACACUUGCGAUACUUUAGCUUUGACGCAGGGUAAUGCUAAGAGCUCACGCGCCAUUACUUCGAUCGUGAUGAGCAGGUGGGAUCAGGCUUUUACAUAUGGGAGAACACCUGUCGUUGAGGAAGAGUAGGGAUGGCACUAGGAGAGAACGCAUUGGUGAAGACAGGUAGCUUGAGUGUACGCUAAGAACAGGCGCGUUACAACUGAGUGCAGCUUCCCAAAUGUCUGCACCAGGCAACUGCGGGCUCACCGCAGCGCAUGGACGCUCGAAAAGGGUCCAAUGACGCCACAGUGCAAACAUCGAACCCCCACACUGUCCCGGCGCUACUCCACGACUCUCCUCUUACAUCGGCGGCAAUACCAGCAAUCAGGCCUCAGCAGAACGUACGAAAAACAAAGUUUGGUCACCUUUCGCACAACAUGCCGACUGACUUCUUCGAUCUACCGCCCGAGCUCCGCAACGAGGUGUACAAUAUUCUAUGGGAGGAUACACCUGUUUUUGAGAAGUACUAUGACGCCUGGAAUAACGUCAUCGUAUGGUCUUCCAAGGACACGUGUAGUGGGGGCUUGACUCUCAGGAAUACUGCACUGCCUUCAUGGCUUUUGUCAUGUAAACAGAUCCUUCAAGAAGACGUCGCGGAGUUUCUGUUUCGAAGUCACUAGGAGAUAGAGUCAAACGGUCGCGUUGACCUUGCGCGCAAGCCAGGAAUAUUGUGUCCUUCCGAAGCUCGUCAU